AUGCAAUCAUUACCUGAAGUUAUCUCUAAUUUCAAUUCAGACGCGGGUGGAUUAUCUGACUUUACAGCCUAUCUUUCAAAAAAUCAUUGCCUAGAAACCCUUCAAUUCACCCAAGACGCAUCGAGAUACCGAGCUCAUUACGCAGAGAUAGUCGAGGAUAAAGAAAUCCCUUGGGAAUAUCUAAGACGCCAUUACGACUACCUACAGGAACUAUGGGAAGAUCUACUCGGCACUUAUAUCCUCCCUAGCGGACAUCGCGAGGUCAACCUUCCCUCUGAAGUUAGGGCUCGACUUCUUGGAUUACGUUCUUCUGCACUUCCUCCACAUCCAUCGGAAUUGGAUGAAGCCGUGAAGAUCAUUCUUGAGCUCAUGGAGGACUCGAUUCUACCUGGGUUCCUGAGGUCUUAUGUGUCGAUGGAUAAAUCGGGAGAUACAGGUGGUGGCUGGAGGGGGAUUUUCGACAGACUUCAGCGGAAAAUCCCAACAUCCACGUCAGAACGGGGCUACGAGGACUCUGGGUCGCGGGCUUCCGGUUCGAGAGAAGACGGUGAGGCCACUCUUUGUACACGCCGCCGCUUCCUAGGAGGCGCCCCCGCAUCACCUCACAGCCAUCUACUGCGGCCCCUGGGAGAGUUAUUUGACUAUACUGUCCGCGGAGUCAGGGGUAUGAGGUGGUUGAAGCCGCCGCUAGAGAAUGAUGGAGCAGCAGACUCUGAGAUCGAUGCUAAGGACGAGCAAGGCAGGGUAAAGCUUUUGGAAUGA